UAACGGACCCAUCUCAUUUCGCUCCCAAGAAUUACCAUCCCAAAACUCCAUGAAUCUUUAAGCUCUGAAAUCUCUGUGCUGCACAACCCAAAUAAAAACAGUUCAGCUUAUUUUAGAUUUUGUCAUUUUUCUUUUCUUUAAACAAGGACUAUAGAUUUUAUUUUCAAGCUCUGAAAUCCUUCAGUUUUCAAAAAUUUUCUUUCAUUUUUAAACUUUGCAUGCCAUGAUUUUGUCAAUAAUAAUUAGGAGUUCAUUGAUACGUAUCUUUCAUUCUUGAAUUGAUUCCUUCUGUGUCACAGUGGUGUCUUCUUUGCCAUUCUUGAUCAUUCUUGCUUACUUUAUACUAUUUUUAUUAUAUUGCCCUUUGAAACUCUCCUCCAUUACUCGUAUUAAUAAUAAUAAUAAUAAUAUCUUACCCCUUUUCCUUCCUCUAAAUUAUUCCAUCUUUUCCUCCGAAAACAAAAACCCUCUUCUUUUCGCUGUAUCAUUCUUUAAAAACAGACUUUCAACGAUCAGAAAACAUAUAUAUGGUCUACUGCUGGAUGUUGUUCCUAGAGCUGUGAGAUUACCGGUCCGAACUCAGUACAACUUGAAACUUCAAUACUCUUAUUAAUGGCAGACUCGGACAACGACUCAGGUGGAACCCAAAACCCAGCAAACGCAUCAAACAACAGCGACUUCUUAUCCCCAAAAGAACAAGACCGCUUCUUACCAAUUGCAAACGUUAGCAGGAUAAUGAAAAAAGCGCUUCCAGCAAACGCUAAAAUCUCCAAAGAUGCUAAAGAAACAGUUCAAGAAUGCGUGUCUGAGUUCAUAAGCUUUGUCACAGGAGAAGCCUCUGAUAAGUGCCAGAGAGAGAAGAGAAAGACCAUCAAUGGCGAUGAUCUUUUAUGGGCCAUGACUACUUUAGGCUUUGAAGAGUAUGUGGAGCCGUUGAAGGUUUACUUGCAGAGGUUUAGAGAAUUGGAAGGAGAGAAGAACGCUGCAGUGCGUGAAAAAGACGCGCCUGGUAAUGGAGGUGGGUUUGGUUUUGAUGGAUAUGGUGGGUAUCAAGGACACGUGUACGGUUCUAGUGGCGGGUUCUUUAAUCAGAUGGGCGGUAGUGGUGGGCCGGAAUAUGGUGGGCCUGGUACUAGUUUGGGUAGGCCCAGGUGAUUUUAGAAGAUGAGCCCUUGUGUUAGAACAGGAUAUGAUAAUUUUGGCUCAUGUUGCUGUAAUCGGUGAUCUUAAUGCAAAGGGGGAUUGAUGAGGUGCAUCGACUUACAUGUGUACGGUUCCGGUGGCUUUCAUCGGAGAACCAUGGCCGGUUGACGUGACGGCUGAUGCAUUUCUGAUAUAUAUAUAUAUAUAUAUAUAUAGAUAUACAUGUGGUGAUGACAAUCUUACAAUGGAGAACUAUGUUCUAAAUUUUCUUCUUGUUUCAAGAAAUCUUGUGUCAAUUGGUAUUUUAUUUUGGUUUUGUAAUGUAAUCGUGAUUAGGGGUGUAUUCUUUUCUGUAAAUUAAAAGUUGCACCAGAAACUUUCACUUCAAUAAAAUCUUUAACAGGAUGUUAACAGAGCA